AUGACGUCGCUUUCAAAGGAGUAUCUUCUGAAGGCAUUGAUGAACCUGGUGCCCACUGAGGAGCAGAUGAAAACAAUCGGACUGUUCAUAAAGACAUUUAAAAAGGAUCACUCAGCAAUAUUGGAUGCAUGGAUGUUUGUAUAUGAAAGGUCCAGUGCAUACCAUCGGCUGAAUAUGCUCUAUCUUGCAAAUGAGAUUAUGCAGACAACAAGGGAUGCCGAUGCAUACUCUGUAGAGCUGAAGAUAGCAUUUAAGACAGCAGUUUUGAAAGUAUUUGAACAAACAAAGCAAGCUGUCGUAGGAAAUGCACAUCUGUAUAAGAAAUAUUGUGAGCUUGAGAAUGUAUGGAUACAACGGAAUGUGAUGGGUGUAGAGAGCUGUGGAUUAGAUCUUCCAGAGCUGAUCAGAAAUAUCGAAAGAGCAUUUGGAGACAAGACAAGGCUGUGUGGUGUUCUUGAGGAUGCUCUUGUAAGAAUAAGAAGCGGGCAAUAA